AUGGCUUUCCUGGAAGACCCUCGCCUGCGCCAGCGCUGGAACCAGAUUUCGCACACCACAGAAGCCGUUACUGAAAACGCCGCCGCCGGGAUAUGGAGUUUUGGUCAUCAGUACAUAAAUCCCUGCCUUUCGUCGUUCGGCUCUGCGUUUAAAUCUUGCACCGCACCCUGCUUUGGCGAUCAAGAAGAACGGGCGCGUCGGAAGAGGGCCGGCGAGCGAGCUGCGGCAGAGUACAGCUUUGACUUUUAUGACGAUUGGGAUGACGAUCUUCUGGGCGACGACAGCCAAGGUGGCUUUGGAGGAUGGCGCAACGAGGACUGGGACCGUUUGAUAGGAGGGAGUGGGCGAAGCAAAAAAGCUGGUCCCAGUGAGGUACAUGAACAGCCGCACGGAAGAAAACGAGGCAUGAGUUAUGGAACAAGAGGGGCUCGGCGGAAAUCUAGUGUAACCGUCGAGGAUCCAACCAUUAUCCCCAGCACGCAGCCCAUUGGAUUUCUCGGAAGGUUACCCUUUAAGAUUGGAGGAACCUUGCGAUACAAGCCCAGCGCCGCAAAUCUGCAAGAACAUCCUGGUGCUUUGAGGCACCAUGAAGGAGAAAAUGAGCCGUUAUUGAGUCGGAGCGACGACUAUCACCCACAAGCGCCGUUGCUGCAGAAUAGGAAACGCAGCAGUACGGCAGGCAGUGGGGACACCAGCGACUCCUACAGAUCCAGAGGAGACUUGUUUCCCAGCGAUGGUGAGGGAGAAGAAGAUGCUGUACCACUUGAUGAUGAAUUUGCCGUUGCCUUGGAUCGGGUGGACGACAGAUCGAGCAACAGAACGAGAAGCAGCAAAGGAAAAAGGACAGAAAGCCAGACCAUACCGAGGAGUUUAUCUAGAGCCACACUAGACUCCCUCACCCAGUCCCGGCCUUCCUCUUUACGACUGGUACAAAACCACAUGGUCGACGGAGAAGACGCCAUGGAAACGUCGACGUUGUCACUGGAAAUUUUACGGCAACAGGAAGAGCAAAUGCAGCGUGAGGAAGAAGAGGAGAUACAGCGCAAGCGGCACGCGGCAACCCAACUGGCUGCCGAAAGAGGGCUCGAUCACGGCAGCAGUAUGGACUAUGGAUUCGUCCCCGAGGCCAAGCCAGAAUUGGUCACUGUUGAAGAUGUUCCAGUACCUGGACAGGCCGUGCUGGACAAUGCAGAAAACCCGUUGCAUUCGCCUACAAUGAGGGCAGACAGCCCCCAGUCGUCGGCGGCUCAAGUCCAAACCUCGAGCUCGCCGACAGAUGACGGCUUUGUGCCAGCACGCUUGCCUUACUUUAGAUGA